AUGCCCAAUACUUCUACUAGCACUAAUACUUCUACUAAUACUUCUACUGCACCCUUUGAUGGUGUACGGGUAUUUCUACACAUACGUGAACACGAUGAUAUCAAUACAAGUGAUCGUACAAAACAUUACGCUAAGAAAGCCAUUCGCACACUUGGGGCCUCUCUCACACUCUCUGAGAAUACAGCCGAUCUCAUUGUCUUUCACUGUGGAAAUGAAUCUCUAUUGGCGAAUGCAACUGCACAUGGGAAAGUGGUGGUUACACCGGCGUAUUUGCAGGCGUGUGCCGCUCGUGGAAUGCGACUUCCCGUUGAAGGGUUUCUUGUUUCUCCAACAAUAUCAACAACAAGAAUAAUAUCAACAAGAGGAAAAACUGAAAAGAAAAGAGAUAAUAAUACUAUUCAUAGAAACCAUCCUGUAGUUUCAUCUACUCCUUCACUCCUUCAUAAGAACAGUAACGGGUCUGAAACGGUGGGGAAAUCGAAACUUCCGAAAGUCUCUACAACACCAACAGCCCUAUCUGAGGUGCCUUAUCUUGAUGAUAAUGAUAAUGAGGAAGAAGAAGAAGAAGAAAAGAAAAAGAAUCAAAAUUCUUCUGAUAACGUGGGAACAAGUACACCGUUGUUCUCUGAGGACAAAUUACUGAACAAAACAAACACGAGUAACCAUGAUAGUAAAAACCAUACUACUUCUUCUUCUUCCUUAUCUCCUUCUUCACAGACAAAAACAUCAAUGUCUGUGAAGGAGAAAAAGAAGAAAUCAUCCUGCAAAGAUAUACAAGAAGGUGUAACUGCAGCUGCUGUUGAUGAUGAGGAAAAGAACUCUAAUAGUACAACCUCAACAAUAACCACAGCAGCAGCAGCAACAUCAUUAGUCGUAGUAGUAGAAAGAGAUUCUACGGCAUCACGACGAGGUGAUCAUAAACGUCCCCGUGAGACGGUUGAUUCUUCAAUGAAUGAAAUAAAAAAGAAUAGACAAGAGGAUGCGACAACGGCAACACAAACAAAAAGAAGAGGUGUUGAGGAAACAACAGAGUCUUCUAUGACUUUCACAGACACGAGUCUCAUCACACCAUUGUUUCCACCAGACCGUGAGUCAACAACAACAACAAGAGGAAGAGGAAGAGGAAGAGGAAAAGGAAGAAAGAGUAGUAGUAGUAGUAAGUGUGUAUCCACUUCAUCCGUACCACUUCGUAUUGCUGUUUCUGGUGAAAAUGAAGAUGUCAUUCAGUUUCUCUCUGAUGUGGUAGAGCAGUUGGGGGCUAUUUGUAUUCCACGAGUGUUUGGCCGUGUGCGUAAACCAACACAUCUUAUUGUGGAGGGCCGUGGGGAGUUAACACCUGUUGUGUUGCUGGCCAUCGCAUUAGGUAUUCCAGUGUUAACACCGCAGUGGUUGUAUGAUGCCAUCGCCUUGGGGGCAUUUCCAAAUAUUAUUGAGGCCCAUCUCCAUCCUAUCUAUAAUAAUAAUAAUAAUAAUAAUAAUAAUAAUAAUAAUAAUAAUAAUGGGAAGAAGCAGGAGAAUUCUGCGCAAAAUGAGGGGUUGCCUGAAGAAGAAGAGGAAGAAGAAGAAGACGAAAAACAAGAGAAGAAUGGUGUUGGUAAUAAUAAUAGUAGUAGCCCUGCAGUGGCUCUAUCUGUAAAGAAGGAGGAGAAGAAAAAGAAAAAAAAGAAUGAUGAUAUUGGAGGAACAUUGGUAAAUCUCUUCGGUGAGGAUGUUGGACCACAUUAUAAAGCCAUCUUUCUUGGAAUGUCAUUUACAUUUGUGAGUCAUUCCCCACUUGCCCAUACAGAUCAAUUUAUGGAGUUGGUGCGUAUACUCGGCGGUACGGUCUCUCGCAGUCCAUUAGUGGUGAAUCUCUCCGUUAUUGUAGAUCUCGGCUACGGUACAGCCACCCAACAACAACAACAAGAAGAAAAAGAAAGAGAAGAAGAAGUGGGAAAAAGUACAAAAGGUAAAAAACGAGGACCUAAACCAAAUAUGAUGAAAAUGAAGAAUCAUAAUAAUAAUAAUAAUAAUAAUAAUAAUAAUAAUAAUAAAGAAGAUGAAAUUAUACGAGAAACACAAUCCCUCUCCAUAAUAUAUCGUACCGUAUUAAGUGAUAACGCCGGUGUCUCCUCUCACCCUUCUCAACCUAUACUACAACGUAUGAUGGCACAACGAUUGCAGAGUGGACUUUCUGCAGUUCCCGUUGUAUCUGUUGAGUGGAUUAUUCAAUGUAUUCUACUUGGUGAGGUUACAGAUACAACUCCCUUUGAAGUUCCUCUGGCGGUGAGUGCAACAGUGAAAACAGUAUUGGAGGCAAAUAGUCAUGAAGAUACCACAAGUAGUAGUCGUUGUAGUAGUAGUGGAGCUCAGAAAGAAAAAGAAGAGAAGGAGAAAGAGAAGGAAGAGGAAGAGGAGGAGAAUCUCUUUACACCACCUGAACAAACAACAAGGCGUGAGGAAGAGAAUAAGAGAGAAGUAAAGAGUAAAGAAGAUAAGAAAACUGUCAAGUCGCGUUUACCGCUUUUGGUCGCUAAUCCAUUAGCAAAAACUGCAGAAGGUCCAAGUAGUGCGAAGAAACGUGCAGAACAGCAGUUAAACACACAACAAUUACGUCUUUUGGAUGAUAGUGACUAUGAGUAG